UGGGGCCCGCGCGAGGACCGCGCGUGCAGAAGUAUGCGGAGGGCCCCCUCUCCGGCCCGGGCACUAGAGGGGAGCACGCCUAGCAAAAGUUUGGCGGCGGCGGCCCGGACGGCGUCGAUGGCUGCGCGCCCCGCGGCGCGCGGGGGCUGAGCAGGCGCCACUUCCCCUCCGGCCCGGCUUUUGUGUCUCGCGUCCUCUGCUCAUGCCGCGUCCGGCCACCUCCUGUGGCGGCCGCUGCUGAGGCGCUCGCUCCCGGGAAGGGGAGGAAAGAACCGCGGCGGCUAGGGGCUGCCGCGGCGCUGGGUCCCAGCGGGACUAUGGGAAACGGGAUGUGCUCCCGAAAGCAGAAGCGAAUUUUCCAGACGCUGCUGCUGCUGACGGUGGUGUUCGGCUUUCUCUACGGAGCGAUGCUGUACUACGAGCUGCAGACGCAGCUGCGGAAAGCCGAGGCGGUAGCACUCAAGUACCAGCAGCACCAGGAGUCCCUGUCCGCCCAGUUACAAGUUGUAUAUGAACACAGAUCAAGAUUAGAGAAGUCAUUGCAAAAGGAAAGACUUGAACAUAAGAAAGCAAAGGAAGAUUUUCUUGUUUAUAAGUUAGAAGCACAAGAAACAUUAAAUAAGGGAAGGCAAGAUUCCAAUAGUAGAUAUAGUGCAUUGAAUGUUCAACAUCAGAUGCUAAAAAGUCAACAUGAGGAGCUCAAGAAACAGCACAGUGAUUUAGAAGAAGAACACCGUAAGCAAGGAGAAGACUUCAGUAGGACAUUUAAUGACCAUAAACAGAAAUACUUGCAGCUGCAGCAAGAGAAAGAACAAGAACUUUCUAAGUUAAAAGAAACUGUAUACAAUUUGAGGGAAGAGAAUCGACAGCUAAGGAAAGCACACCAAGACAUACAUACGCAGCUUCAAGAUGUCAAGCAACAGCAUAAGAAUUUACUCUCCGAACAUGAACAACUUGUAGUGACUUUGGAAGACCACAAGAGUGCACUAGCUGCUGCACAGACUCAAGUUGCAGAAUAUAAACAACUGAAAGAUACUCUGAAUAAGAUUCCAAGCUUUCGGAGACCAGAUCAAUCAGAGCAGCAGAAUGUUACCCAGCUGGCACAUUCUCCACAAAGUGACAGAGCAGCACAUGAGAAGCCACCCCUAGAGCCACAAGAGGUGUCUCGAAAUAGUGAUGUGUGGGAGAAGCAUGAAGCAGUUCCCGAAAGAAUAGAAGAAAGAAAACCUUAUCCUCCCACCCCAACGGAGGCAGAAUUUCAGGCUCCAGCAGAGCUGCACCAGCAAGAAGCAGAUGCCAUAGAGCCAGAGGAGCACCAAGUAGAAGAGGAGCAUAGAAAGGCCCUGGAGGAAGAGGCCAUGGAGCAGGUUGGCCAAGCGGAGCACCUGGAGGAAGAGCAUGACCCAUCACCAGAGGAACAAGAACGGGAGUGGAGGGAACAACAUCAACCAAAAGCAGCCAACAGCCUUCUGGAAGGACACGCUCAUGCUAAGAUGUAUCCUUCAGCCAAGCCCAUCACCAAACACCUAUCACCGUAUGAGGAGCAGUUGGAACAGCAAAAACUGGCAUUGAGGCAGGCUGAGGAGGCCCAGAGGCUGAGAGAGCAGCAGGAGGCUCUGCACCAGCAGAGACUGCAGGGACACUUGCUGAGACAGAGGCAGCAGCAGCAGCAGCAGCAGCUUCUCGCCAGAGAGAUGUUCCAGCAGAGACAGGCAGGGCACGAGGCGGGGCCCCCGCAGCAUCCUGACAAGCUAAGGCAGCAAGCUCAUUAUGAUGCGAUGGACAAUGAUAUUGUUCAGGGAGCAGAGGACCAGGGCAUCCAAGAAGAGGAAGGCGGGGCCUAUGAGAGGGACAACCAGCACCAAGAUGAGGCAGAAGAGGACCCAGAAAAUGGACAUGGACCUCAAGAACAAGGGCCCCAGGAAACUGACCCUGAAUCUGAGGCAGAUAGAGCAGCUGUAGAAGAUAUAAACCCAGCAGAUGACCCUAAUAAUCAAGGUGAAGAUGAAUUUGAAGAAGCUGAGCAAGUGAGAGAAGAAAAUUUACCUGAUGAAAAUGAAGAGCAAAAACAAAGUAAUCAAAAGCAAGAGAAUGCGGAUGUGGAGGAGCAUUUGGUGAUGGCAGGAAAUCCAGACCAGCAGGAAGACAAUGUUGAUGAACAAUACCAAGAAGAGGGAGAAGAAGAGGUACAGGAAGAUUUGACUGAAGAGAAAAAAAGGGAAUUAGAACACAAUGCAGAGGAGACCUAUGGUGAAAAUGCUGAUGAUAAAAACAACGAUGGGGAAGAACAAGAAGUUCGAGAUGACAACCACCCUAAGGGCCGAGAGACACACUAUGAGGAAGAAGAGGAGGAGGAAGAAGAUGGGGCUGCUGUUGCUGAGAAAUCACAACGAAGAGCUGAAAUGUAGCUGUGACCAUUUUCAGACAACCCUUAGCCAAUGGAUUCUUUUCAAGCUGCUCAAAAUCAGUCUGCCUACUGAACUCUAGGAUAUUUAAUUACAAAAAUUAAUAAUGUAGACUUUUUAAAAUUUUUUAUUAGAAAUUCUCAUACAUUUAUAUGGAUAUUUUUUGAUAACCUAGGUUUAGAGCUUCUUUUAUAUUCAUUUUAACAUGAACAAGAAGAAAAACAAUAAAGCAAACCUUAGGCUCAGAAUCUCAUUUUUCAU